UGUUUGUUGUUCGUUCUGGACACACGUGUAUUAUUUUUAUUAAAAUGCGUCUUUUAAACUAGUUAUCUUUUGCGAUUAAACCGUGUAAAUCGAAAAGUGAUCCUUGAUGGAUCGUACAGCGUUUUUUAAAGCGUGUGUACGGGCAAUUCGCACACGAAAUCAAGCAACAAAGUCAUCAAAUGGAACCAGCAAGGACACUUUAGGUAUCUUGGGAAGAAGUCGUUCUAAGGUGACAACAGAAUUUGGAUCAAAAGCUUCAGAAGUUAAACAAAGUGUAUCAAAGUUGAAAGAAUUUUUAUUAAAACACCGGAAAGAUUACAUUGAAGCAGUCAGUCAUGUGAGUUCGGGCGUAACGGCAAUGAGUGACAGGGAAAGAGACCAAAUCGAUCAAGAUGCUCAAACAUUCAUCAGGACCUGCUCAACAGCAAUCCAGUCUCUCAAGGAUGAAGUGGUGAGCCAAAAGAACAGUGAACAAGUGACAGAGCAUCGGUGCAUGGUUUUAGAAAUACUACAGAAAUAUCUCAAAGCGACAUGCAAGUUAUUCAGUGAGCAACGAGCCAUCCGUGUUAAGCGAGUUGUGGACAAGAAAAGAGUCUCAAGAUUGCAAUGUGAUAGCAAGAAGGAGUCUGGCAAAACCUCAGAAAUCAAUCGCAGUGAAGUAACUACAACUCAUUCACCAGAAAUAACCGAUGCAGAUGUCGAAUUUACUGCUGAGGAAAUGCAAACAUUCGAACAGGAGAACAAACAGAUUUUUGAUGAAAUGAACAGUUUAGUUAAUGAAGUCAGAAACAUUGAAGGAAGAGUUGUGGAAAUUGCUAAGUUACAAGAGGUUUUCACUGAAAAGGUUUUAGAACAGUCAAAGCAAAUCGACCAUGUUUAUGAAACGACAGUAAAGACAAACGAAAAUGUGAAAGAAGGAAACGAGAAUAUUCGAGAGGCAAUCAAAAACAAUGCAAGUUUUCGUGUUUGGAUUCUGUUUUUUCUUGUGAUGUGCUCAUUUUCGCUGCUCUUCCUCGACUGGUACAGUUAAUGAUGUUACUUCAUCUACUAUGAUUAAGAUCUUAGAAGUCUUAUGAUGCAAGGAAGAAAUAAAUCACACUAGACGGUAGAAGACAAUAUUACUGUGGUUUCAGAAAUGCAAAGAUAUAUAUUUGUAUUGAUUAAAAAAAGGUUUGUACAUAUAUGUACACAUAUAACAGAUUUUUGACAGCUCUAGGCUAAU